AUGAAUCGAGAGGCCGGUCACCUCGGCACUGCUGUCGUCACAGUUUCGUCUGCGAAGCGUAUCAAAGUAUUGAGCAUGGGCGAGCCAGGGGUCGGGAAGAGCUGUUUGAUCAAGAGAUUCUGCGAAGGAAGAUAUGUCCCAGAGUACGUCUCCACCAUCGGGAUCGACUAUGGCGUCAAGCCCGUGCAGGUGGAUGGUCAAGAGGUCAAGGUAAAUUUUUGGGAUGUGGCUGGCGACCCUGUCUACUAUGAAAUUCGAAACGAGUUCUAUAAGGACACAAAUGGGGCUCUGCUUACCUUUGAUACCACCAACCGUGCGAGCUUCGAAGCGUGUGAACGAUGGGUCAAGGAACUUAUGACACUUUGUAGCAACGAGGUCGUCGUUUUCUUGGUGGCAAACAAGGUCUCGCUGAUCGAUAUCAAGCCAAGAGAAGUCAGUGCCCAGGAAGGGCAGGCCCUCGCCGAAACGCUCGGUUACCGCUACUUUGAGACCUCUGCCCAGAGUGGCGAGGGUGUCGAGAGCAUGUUUACACAGCUGUUCCAGCGGGUCAUUGCGGCGAUGAAAGGAAAAUCGUCGUCUGGAUAG